UGGUGGACCUAUGAUCAAUGAAGAAAUCGGCCAGCACCAGGGCCGUCAAGCCCCCAUCUUGGGAUGGGGAGGGCUCCGAAGGCGGGAUUGUCCCGUUGGAGGGUACGCCGAAGAGGGCGUCGGCAUCAUCGGCAUCAGAGUGCCCUACCAAGAGAAUGAAGAUGGCGAUUCGAAAGACGCCAGCAAGUCGAGCCACUCGCUCAAGUGCCUCCCUGGCAUCGCCCGGGGUCCCUACCCAGGGGGAGGGCUUGGCGAGUAAGAAGGGGAAGGGGUCGGCCGGGUCGUCCGGUAGCGACCCUUCCAGGAGGGGCCCGGCAUGCCCCCUAUCGGUGUGGGAACUAUGCUGCAUCUUCUCCUGGCCCGAGGAUGGGCAGUUCCAAGCCCAACUUAUGGCCGAUCUUCCGAUCGGGGAGCCGGGAGCCCCCUAUACUGCCCGGUGGUCGACUCUGAAGGCCAACAGCUGCCCCUGGGGCGAUGGGGAAAUCGCCCAGGAGUUCGUCCGAGGGGUGCUGCACCCCUCACUUGCCAAGGACCUGUACUGCUCCGACUCGGAGGUGUUGGUAGAGCGGGUGGCCAAGUCGCUCAUCUGGAUAAAGCUUGCACUAUGGAAUGGCGCUGAUCGACCGGGUCCUUGACGCUGGGCGAGCGAUUGGGCGUCAGAUGGAGCUCGACGAUGCCCUCCGAAAGGUGAACUUGGAGUUGUAAGCCAAGGGGGGUCUGGAGGCAGUUGCCACGACAGAAGAGCGUGCCAUGGCGUUAGAGGAGGAGGUCGCUCGUUUGAAGACUGAGCUAGAAGAAAGCCGGUCGCACAUCCACUCAUUGGAUGACGAGCUACUGCCCCUCUCCCAAGACGUCGAGGCCGCCAAGGCGAUAGCCCGGGCUACCGAGGAGGCACUCGAGGAGGAGCGGCUAGGGUUGCCUAGAAGGGUCGAGGAGGCGGUCACCAGGUUCGAACGUGGCCUAGUGAGGUCGGGUCGGGUCACGUAUAAGUACGGGUAUCGAGUGGCCUAUGCUCGUUUCCGGGCGAAGUACCCGGACCUGGACCUGGACCUGGAGUCAGACCCGUUUGUUGAUGACCCAAUGGACCAGGACGUCGACAUGCCGACGAACGUCCCCUUCGACGACAGGCAGACGACUCCUCCCCCGAGCUAGGGGGUGCACCCCCUCACCUUUUGAGUUUUGUUUUCCUUCCUUUUUUUUUUUUGUCUAGUCGGGCUUGGGCCCAUAUCGCCCGACCGCUAUAUGUACCACCUUUAUAAUCGAGAAGCACUUUC